AUGUAUGCUAAAAAUGGGAAUCUGCAGGAAAUGCUUGACAAAAAGAAAUCUGACGCUCAUCAUUUAGAGACUAACAAACGCCUAGUUAUCAGCUUGAAAGAAAAAGAGCAAGAUUAUAUAGUUCUUAAUAAAGAAGUAGAAUAUCAGAAAACUUACAUAAGACCUCUGGAAUCAGAAAUCGAAAGAGUUAAAUUUCAAAGAGACAACAGUGUGAGAGAAGUCCUGGAACACAAGCAAAUCAUUGCUACAUUAGAAGGAACAAUACAAGCACUUAAAAUGCAAAUCAUAGAGGUAGAAAAGAAAAACUCUAAAUUACACUCCGAAUUAGAAUCUUCAGAAGGGAAAUGCAAAAAGCUAAGUGAAUCCGAGAGAGAUGCAUGGGCGGAGUGCAGAGAUGUCAAACACAAUCUAGAAAAAGCGGUCUAUCUUCAAGAAAUUGCUGUGCAUCGCAGUAAAAUCCAAAGUCAACAAAUCCGAAGUGUGCACGAAGAAUGCAAUCAAAUGGAAAAGCAAGCAGCUGCAGUAAAAAAUGACAUGAAAGCUGUUAAAUCUUCUUUGAAGCUUCUUGAAGAUCGUAACAAAGAGUUGGAGAAGGAGAUUCAAGCGAAAGAGGCGGAAAGGUUGGAAGCUUUGAAGUUUAAAUCCGAAAAAGAACAAGCAGUUGAUGCGUUCAAUAUGAGGCUGCAAUCGCUUCAAAAUGAUAUUAAAGUCCUUAAAGCACAAAUGUUGGAAAAGGGUGCUGCUGUGGCAACUAAGGAAGAAAGGAUUAAUUUCCAAGAAAAAGAGAUAGCAAGACUACAGCAUGAACUUGAUCAAAAAGCCGACGUAUUAAGGUUGUUGCAGACGAAGCUAGCUAGUUCCAGACGCUCUCAAACUAUAGCUGAGAAUCGAGUUGGUGACAUUGAAAAGUUGAGGAAGGAGUUACAUCGCCUUAACCAACUACUUACUCAAGAAAAAUUGAAAAAUAAGAUGGCAGAAGAAGAGCUGAAAAAUCCUAAUAACCUUCACAGGUAA